ACAAAAUUUUCAUCUAUGAACUAAUUCUACAUCAAACAAGGAUCAGACAUGACAUCAUCUGAGACCGCUGUUAAUGAUUAUAAAUAUGGAGGGAGAAGAGAAGAUGAGCAAAAAACAGAGGACAGAGGACAGAAGACGGAGGGGUAAGUAGAAAGACAAUUAAAGGAUGGAGGCGGAGGCGGCGCGAAAAGGGCCUUGGACGGAGGAGGAGGACGCUCGACUUGUAUUUUUCGUACGCUUGUUCGGUGAGCGUCGUUGGGAUAACGUAGCGAAGGUGUCAGGUCUCAACAGGUCCGGUAAGAGCUGCCGGCUCCGGUGGGUCAACUACCUCCACCCCGGCCUCAAACACGGCCGCUUGACCCCCCACGAGCAGCACCUCGUCAUUCAACUCCACGCCAACUGGGGCAAUAGGUGGUCUAGAAUUGCACAGUGCCUUCCUGGUCGCACAGACAACGAGAUCAAGAACUACUGGAGGACGCACAUGAGGAAGAAGGCGGAAGAGGUGAGGAUGAGCUCAUUCUCCUCAUCUUCUUCUUUGUCGUCGCAAUCGUCGUCGUUGACUAGUGAAGGAGAAGUAGGACUCGUGGUGGAUGGAGAUGGAUACAGUAUGGAUCAGAUAUGGAAUGAGAUCUCUGCAUCCGAGAACUCUGUCGGUGGAUUUAGCAUCGAAGAGAACAAGGAUGGAGGCAGCAGUAGUAGUAAGUUGGAAGAUUGUUCUGAAUCACUACCGUGGGAGUUGGAUGAUGAAGAGUUACAGAUAUGAACAUGAUCAUAUACUUCUUCCACAUACUGCUGACCGUAGUCUUAGUAGUGCUAAUUGCAACUUAUUUACAAGAUGCUAGGAUGCUUUAUACUGUGAUUAAGCUUUAAUAAGAAUUUGUCAAGAUUUGUUAUCAUCUUUCUGUUGCUGACAGGAUGAUAACCUUGGAAAUACU